AUGGACAAUAAUACAGUAAGAAACUGAAAUAUUUUCGGAAUUGGAAAUAUUUUUCAAUCAAUAAUUUUCUUUGAAGAAAAAAGUAACACCGGCUCAUUUAACGCUUCCAAUGAAAUCAGUCAUGUCAGCAGAAGCAACAGAUCCUGAUAGAACAAUUGCCGAAGAUGAUCAAAAUGAUAAUAGUUCAGGAAAUGUGGAGCAGAAAUUUGAGAGACUCAAACUCACUUUGAAAAUGGUGAAAGGCAAAAAGUUUGGUCUAGGCGUUAUUUUGGUGCAUAAUAGGAUUCUGGUUUGCAAGGUUGAUGAUGGUUUGUAGAUUUUUCUUUUGAAAAUUUACAAAAUUUGUUUGCAGAUUCACUUGUUUGUGGAAUAUUGAAAGUUGGCGAUCAAAUAGUAUCAAUUGAUAAUAUUGUUGUUGAGGAUAAAAUCAGAUGUCGGAAAGAAUUGAUGAAUGGAUUGAAUCGAAAAGGGAUUAGUGAAUUAGUUCUGAUUCGUCCGAAGACAAAAGAUGCAUUGGAUGCAAUUAUGGUAAGGAUUACAGUGCUUCUGGGCCCUGUGUCUAUGUGUAACUCGGUUCAGAGAAGAUCGCGUGAGAAACCGAGUUCUAGAAAAGGAUCAGAGCAUUUGAUUUAGUAGAUCAGAAAUUCCAAAAUUUUGGAUUAAAAUAGUUUUUUCAGACCGAAAUCCAAUUGUCAAAACGUCCAAGUCAAUUAACUUUAAAACAACUAUCGCCAGUUCCCAAAUAA